UUUACAGGUUGCUUGCCAGGGCCAAAGAAAAAGAGAACUUGGGGACUUCUCUCGACAAAGUUUGUUGUAAAUUAUAGCCCGUGUCACAGAACAAUCUGAGCCAUUUAUAUUGUCAUUUCAGAGUCAUCGACUUGACUGGCCUCAUCUUUGGUGUGUGCGCGUGCCAAAUAACAGGAAGUGGACUGAACGCCGUUACUUUCGUUUUAUUUUAACACGAUGGCGUGUGAAGGAAACGGUAUGUCAGAUGAGAGGAUCGGAGAAGCCCUGAUAAAGGAGGUCAUUGAGGAAGAGCUGAAGGAUAUGCCCUCAGAAGAUAUCCCUCCUCUCACUCCGCUGGCUGUGGAAGUAAGAAGUAGUCAGGAGCAGAAGAUUGUGACCCAGUUGGGCAAAAUGAUCCGAAUAAUUGGCGACAGGGUCAAAGAAGACAAAGAAUUCCAGGAUGCAAUUGAUGGUGUAGCCUGUGUGGAAGGAUCCAAGUGGGAGAAAUUCAAGAGAGUGGCCGACAAAGUCUUUGAGCACGGUAUUACCUGGGAGAGAAUUGCUGUGCUCUUCUAUGUUGCGGGGAGGUUAGCAUUCAAGAUGGUGGAGGCUCAUCUCCCGCAGUCAGUGAAGGAGAUCCUGAUGUGGACUGUGGAUUUCUUUCGAAAAAACCUACUAAGCUGGAUUCGGGAACAUGGUGGAUGGAUCAACAGUUUCUCUGAGUUGGCAACAUCCUCCAUGCGGACCGUAGGACUGAACUCCCAACUCUACAGCCUCGUCAUCAUCUUUUGUGGUGGCCUCGCUGUCGGAAGUUUUAUCACCUGGAAGCUGACCAGACACUCCUGAGGGACCUCCCAAUCAACAUGCUGCCACUAUUUUCGCCAGUCUUCACCCUUUUCUUUCUUUUUUUAUGGUCUUAUUUUUAGAUUUGAAAAAAAAAUGUUGGCACCACUAUGUCAAAUACAGUACUUGGUAUUUUCAUUCUUCUAGUCACACUGUGUCUUAUCAAACAAAGUAGGUUGUAAUUGUCAGACAUCAAAUUAAAAAAAUGACAACUUCAAUGAUUUCCACAAGUAACCUACAAAAGUCAGACUCCGACUUCAUAAGUUAACUUGGCAUUAUUGUUGUGAUGGGUGUAACAGUAGUCGACUGGGUAGCACGUCGGCCUUACAGUGCAGAGAUGCAGGGUUUGAGUCCAGCCUUCUUGUGUGGAGUUUGCAUGUUCUCCCUGUGCCUGCGUGGGUUUUCUCUGGGUAUUCUGGUUUCCUCCCACAUUCCAAUAACAUGCGUAUCAGGUUCAUGGAACACUUUAAAUUGUCCCAGGUGUGAUUGUGAGUGUGAAUGGUUGUUAUGUGUGCCCUGCGAUUGGCUGGCAACCAGUUCAGGGUGUUCCCCCGCCUUCUACCCGAAGACAGCUGGGAUAGGCUCAAGCAUCCCCUGCCACCCUCGUGAAGAAAAGCAGAUUAGAAAAUGGAGGGACGAAUAUUGUAUCUCAAAAAAGAUUUGACAGUUAUUACCAUUUGUUUGAUUUGUGUAAGGCAGGGGUGCCCAUUACGUCAAUCCUGAUCUCCUAGUAGAUCUAAGACAGGUCCCAAGUAGAUCCGAGGAGUGUAGAGGAGAAAAAAACCAAACAACCAUUUGUGUGUCUUUGCACAUGUUAGUAAUCAUUUUUUUGGUGUUAAUGUACGCUGCACCCUAAUAUUUCUAUCAGUCUCAUUUUCACAAAAAAAGUAUUUUAAAAAUAAAAUAAAGCAGGUAAGUCCUGUGUUUUUUGGAAAACACAUUUCUACUUCCAAAAAUUUCUACUUAAUUAGAAGGCCCCUUUUUCCACUUCUGCAGCGUCGAGACUAAAGUCCCGCUCUUGGGAUUCUAAGUUUUAAGAAAUUUCUUCCAGAACCAAUUACUUUCCUAAGUAGAGGAACCACUGUAUCUAUUAUAAUUUGAAUGCUAGUCAGAUGAACGGGGGAAAAAAUGUACCGAUAGUUGUAAGUUUCAUUCAUGCUACAGUAUUACUAAAAUUGCCAUCAAAGGCAGGUGCUUUAUCAGGAAUUACCUUGAGAAGUGCUGUUAAUUGCACUGUAUAUUUACAAGGCAGUACACGAACAGCACAGAGUGAGGGCAUUGUGUGUCACAUCCCCUCCUUGUUUACACUUGAAAUGAAUGGCUAAUAAAUUCUAUUCUAUGGUG